AGAUGUUAUUAAGAAAAAAUGCGCAAUCAGAAAAAUUCGUGAUGCUACCGGUAAAAAGCAAGAAGACGCUAUUCGACAGAAGUGCGCAAUAAAAAAAAUGCGAGAGCAAGAAGAAAAGGAACAAAAAGAAAAUGAGGCGCGCACAGCAAAAGCUCUUUUGUUUCGAUCCACUCUUUACAAAACAAAUUCCAAGCAGGACUUUCAGGCCGGCAACAAGGUAUCCAUUGUUGGCGCUGGACCCGUGGGCAUGGGCUGUGCCUUUGCCCUGCUAACAAAACGCGUCACGAAUAAUAUAGCCAUCUAUGAUGUAAAGAACGACUUAAGUACUGCUCAGCGCGACGACCUCCGACACGCAUCGCUCUUUCUUCAGAACUGCAACAUUGACAACAGCAGCACCAUUGAGAGCACCAAAAACUCUCGCGUUGUAGUAAUUGCGGCUCGACCGAGCAGUAAGCCAGACGAAUCAUGCGAGGAUCAGCUCCAUAGAUCGGCUGAGAUGAUUAAGCAAAUCGCUCCUGAAUUGCUCAAGCAGAGUCCAAAGGCUGUCUUCAUCGUUGUGUCAAGUCCCGUAGAUGUGAUGGCUUGGGUUGCCCGCAAGAUCACCAAUUUGCCCUAUGAACGCUGCUUCAGCACUGGAUGUCACUUGGAUACAGCGCGUUUCCGCAUGUUUAUAGCCCAGUUAGUCGGGGUCUCCACGAGCUCUGUUCAGGGAAUGGUGUUGGGCGAGCACGGAGACACUUCCGUGCCAAUAUGGUCCUCCGUUAGUGUGGGCGGAACUCUACUAAAGGACUUGCUACCGCCCAUAGGUACUGAAAAAGAUCCGAUGGCUUGGUCAAAUGUUCACAAGAGCGUAGUUAAUGCGGCUUAUAAAGUAAUCGCUGGUAAGAAUUAUACGAAUUGGGCGAUCGGUCUCACCGUUUCCGAUGUUGUGUCUGCCAUCUUCGAAAACAGUAAUCGCAUCUUGUCAUUGUCAACGAAUGCGAAGGGCAUGUGUGGAGUAGAAGACGAGAUUUUUCUGUCGUUGCCUUGCAUUGUUAACCAGUGGGGUAUUUAUGGAGUGUUACAUCCUCAACUUUCAGAUUGGGAGAAAGAGAAGUUCAAGAUGUCAGCAACAAAAUUACUAAAUACACAGAAUAGUAUUAAGCUCUAAGCACCAGAUUUUAGUAAAGUUUCAAUAUUCUUAAUAAAUUACUUUUAAUUGGUGUGGGCAGAACGUUGUGCCGGAUUCAGAAA